AUGACAUAUUAUCGCGACUAUUCUUCGGUGUCAACAACCAACACCAACUCUUCUCCAUCCCCUCCUUCCCACCAACAACAUCCCACAACCGCUACAAUGACCGCUCCUGUUCAUAUAUCCUCAAAGGAGCAAUUCCAAAGCAUCUUAAACUCCUCCACCUUCGUCGUGGCAGACUUCCACGCACAAUGGUGCGGACCAUGCCACGCGAUCGCCCCUGUCUACGACCAGCUCUCCUCGCAGCUCACGCGUCCCAACCACAUCACCUUCACCAAGAUCGACGUUGAUGAACAGCAGGAUAUCGCCAAGGCCUAUGGCGUUACAGCCAUGCCCACAUUCAUCGUCUUCGAGCGCGGCCGCAUCCUCAACACCAUCCGCGGCGCCGACCCCUCAAAACUAAACCAAGUCAUCCGCAAGCUGGCCACCGAAGCCGGCAAAGCCCCCGCUGCCUCCGGCGAAACCCCCAGCGAAUCCUCCAGCGGCUCCUGGCUCGGCGCCCCCGCCCCCAAGGGCUACCCCGACAUCACGGGCGAGUACGACGUGAAGGGACUGGAGCUCCUGAACCGGGAUAGCAGCUUCGGCGUGGCCCGGACGCUCUUCGAAGGCGGGAAGCCAUCCGCACUGGGGAAUGGGAAGGCCGGCGAGGGCGCAGCGGCGGAUUGGGUGGAGAGUGACACGGACGAGCAGCUGAUGCUGUUCAUCCCGUUCAAGUCUACGCUCAAGGUCCACUCGCUGCAGAUUACGUCUCUGCCUUCGGGCGAGGCGGCGGAGGACCAGGAUGAGGAUGAGAUCCCUCUAAGGCCCAAGACGAUCCGUCUCUACACGAACAACCCGCAUGUGCUGGGAUUUGACGAGGCGGAGGAUAUCACUCCCGUGCAGACAGUGGAGCUCAAAGCGGAGGAUUGGGAUGCGAAGACGGGGACGGCCAAGAUUGACCUGCGGUUUGUCAAGUUCCAGAGUGUCUUCUCGCUGAAUAUCUUCAUUGUGGACAAUGAGGGCGGCAGUGAGAAGACGCGGGUUGAUAGGAUCCGCAUAUUCGGCGAGGCCGGUGAAAAGAGGGAGAUGGGUAAGCUGGAGAAGAUUGGCGAUGAGCAGGGCGAGUAA